UGACCCAACACGACACAAGCCCUAGUUUCAUUAUUUCCCUUAUACAUCACGACGGACGGACGGACGGUACCCAACCCAACCUCACCUCUCAGUGACUAAAAAAAUACGAGUAACUAAAAGAGAAAAGAAUGAAUGGAUCGUGAGGGAUAGAAGAGAUGACGAUGAUUAUCGUAUCGUGAAACCAAAUGGGAUCGUGAUGACAUUCCCCAGCCCGAAACCCUGGCCUCGAACUGGCACAUCUACGGUUGCACAACAACGUCUUUAUGCUCAGCAACAUGGUAUCAAAAUCUUGGAUAAGGAUGUCUUAUCUAAGGCCAGAGGUCAACCCACAGCUGAAGAAAGAAAGGCUAAAAGGAUUGAAGAAGCUAUCGCCCAUAAGCGGUAUCUUGGAUUGGAUCCUUCCGAAGCAGAAACUGGUGUCGAAACUGAAGCGAAUGUUAUGCCCCGCCCCCCGCAUCCUUACAUUACAGUAGCUUCAUAUACUGGUAACAAAACUGGAGGAAAAGGAAGGUGCGUUAUUUUUAAGCGUGUUCACCAGUAUCCGAACCUUUCAGCGGCUUCAGUUGCAACUGCACCUGGUACCAAAGAAGCUGAAGUGGGAGAUGGAACCCUUUUCAAUUGCCCCCAUGAGGAUUUUGGCAAGUCAAGUGAAACUUCUGUUGAGAAUACAAAACCCGAAACAGAUUCAUAAGCAACUCUUGUCACUUUUAGUAACAAUUAAAUUCACCCGAUUUGGUGUUAAGUAUCUGCUUCCAUGAAGCAGCUUGUUACCCGAGGAUGGAUGGUUCACUAAUAUUGUUGAAGUUGCAAUUUUGAUGUUGACCGGAACUGACACCUUGGAAAAUACAGAAGCUACAAGUCCAACAGCUUCCUUGUGAAUUGUGCCUUAAGGGAGUAACUAGCGUAUAUUUGCUCGUGAACAAGAUCCUUACAAAUCGGGUAAUUUUGAGCUCAUGGCAAUACAAUGACAAAACGAUUCCCUACACUUGUUGUCCAUUUUUAAGAUUAUUAAUAGUUAAGGUCAUAAAUAUAUUAUAAUCAUAAUUUUAUUUAAGUAUGAUGAUCUGGAGAGUUCCAAGUA